AUGACGCCCACGAACUCGCCAACGGUUGUCAGUUGUCCCGUGUCCAACGGUACGAUUUACGAUGCUCAGACGGUGCCGAACGCUGAAUUCUCCCUUGAGUGCGGCGUGGACUACCAAGACAAUAAUAUCGACUUCCCAGAAGGCUAUAAGAUUUCCAAACGCGCUCCUAUAGCGGGAGUCAGCUUCAUCGAUUGCGUUGAGUUCUGCGCGCGUCUCUGCGACUGCGUCUCCAUCAGCUACUCGUUCUCGACCAACACUUGCCAGCCGAAGAGUGCGCUGGGAGACAAAGUCGAGGCAUCUACCGCCAACGAUAUCAUCAACGCUCGGCGGAUACAGCCCGGCUGCAUUUCGAGCAGCUCCUCCAGCGCGGGCCCCACCAGCGCGGGCCCGGUCAUCUCUUCAACCUCGUCGUCCAGCGGAACUGGCAGCGCGCAAUCAACAACUGCAAGGCCACCGUCGGUGACGACCGGGGGAUCCAGCCUCACCACCAACACACUAUCUGAUGGUGGGCAGGUCACGGUGACGACGACACAGGUGCUGACGACGACGUUGACGCUGUCGAACGGUGGGACCACCAUCAUCACCACGCAGAUCACGACCGUGUGCUUCACGGGCUCGGUCGUCAGCUCGUCGACGUACUGGACCACCAGCACGCCGCCUUCGUCCCCGACGACGUCUCCGAACUCGUCCACGGCGACGCCGACGGCGCUGCCCGAAUCGUUCUGCAACACGAACCCGAUCACGAAGAUCAUACCUGUCUGGCCCAGCCAGACGUUGAUGACUGCGAGCAGUGUCCCUUCUAGCACUGGGCCUUCGAUGGGUAAGAGGGAGAAUACGCUAAGGGCGGAUGGGAUAUAG